UUAUACAGCACGGCAUCCAUCGCAGAAAUUGCAUAUUACUCGUAAUAUAAAAAGAAAUUCUGUUCAUAUAUGAUUAAAAAUCUUUUUAUUUUCAUGUAAAAUAUAAGAAAAGCUACCUUUUCUUAAAAUGUAAUGUUUUUUCAUUAGAAAGAUUUUCAAUUAUGCACUACACAAAUGUAUCAAUAAGUAAUAAUAAUUACGUUAUAAUGCUGAAAUAGUCAAAGAUAUCGCAAUAUAACUAUAAAAAUAAAAAAAAAUUGAUCAGAUUACAAUGAGGUAAAAAAGAAAAAAUUUAACUUUAAAAAAGAUUUUAUUAAGACAAUGAAUUUUGUGCGAAUAAUACGAAAGUGAAUUUUAAAGAAUUUUUGGGUAAAUAUAAAAGUUGUUCGACUGACGAAAAAAAAAUUGCCCUCAUUUAGAACAAAUGUCUAGUGUGUCGGUAGUACAUAUUGGAAAGUGUGUGAUUAAAUAUCGAAUUCAAUGAAAAAGUGCCAAAAAAAUAUUGUUUUAAAUAUAUUAAAACUUUAAAAAAUUUAUUUGAAAAGAGUUUUGAUAAUACGAGUUUUAUAUUUACAUUAAAUAAAAUUCAUUUUUUGUAAAUAAAAAAGCUGAAUUCAAUUUUUGAUUUAUUUGAAUUGAAAACUGGAACUCUGAAUAGGAAACUUUGGUAAACUCCAAAAUUUAAACAGUUUCUUAACAUUAAGGACUAAUUUAUAGUUAUGUCAUUUACCACAUAGAUUUUUUCAUUGAAAGUUUCAAUCGUAAUUAAAUCGAAGAGAUUGAAAAUUUUAAGCAAAAUUACAAUUAAAAAAUAAUGGAUAAAUAUAAUAGAAAUCAUAAAAACUUACAAAGGAAUAUUAAAAAAUCAAAGAAGUUUAAAAGAAAUCGCGACAUACCACCACCACCAAUACAUCCAAUUGUUGAAUAUUCUGAUGUUAGUUCAGAAGACUUUUCUGAUCCAGAAGCGGGUGAAAUACAUACUGAAGAAAGUGACACAGCCUUAGAAAGACUAUCAAAUCGUUCGAAUUUGAUGACAGCAAAUAUUAAUAAUCCUAAUAAUAUGACAGGACAUCAUAAUAUGGGUUCUUCUACGUCAACGAUUGUGCAAAAUUCAUUUUCACAAAUUAGUAAUAGUACAGGAUCUUGUAAUAUAACAUUACGAAGAACACCAUCAAGUUUACAGGAAAAUGAAGAUGAUGAAGAAGAACAACAUUUUGACGAAAAUAGCAUUGCGAAAAUGUCACCUAGUGAGAUACGUAGAAUCAUUGGAGUAGUAGGAUCUCCCAUAAAUUCUUCAUCAAACUCAUCUACAUUGCAAAGUGGGGAAAGAAUUAUUAUUGGAGCACAAUACAAAUCAAAUAAGUCUAUCCAAAUUUUGAACGAAAAAAGUGUUAUUAGUUUAAGCACAAACAAAAGUAUUGAAAGAAACAAUAGAAAUAUAAAUAUUGCUGGAAAUGGUAACAUUAUAAACAAUAAAGGUUCUAGUCUGACAAAUAGUGCAGAUCAUUCCAGUAAUGCUGACAUGUCUAGUGGAAAUGGAUGCAUGCUAGAUGAUGAUUUCAGUAUUUCUGAAGCCAGCAUUGAUUUAGACGAUGAGGAUGAAGAAGAAUUAGAAGAAAUCAGCCGAAAGCGUAAAAAAAGAAAGAAGGACAAAAAAAUGAAACAUAAAAAAAAGAAAUCAAAAAAGAGCAAGAAAAAGCGACAAAAAUCAAUUUCAAGCAUCGAAAGCAUAUCUGAUAACGAUUCAAUUUUAGAUCAAAAUUUUACUCCGCCCCCUUUAAGCAAAAGAAUGAGUUGUGGUCCUAAGUCUCCAUCAUAUUCUACUUAUACUCCAACUAAAGACGUGAGUCCAGUUUCUAUUGGUACGCCUCCUCCUCCACUGCGGCCCAAUAGUAAUAUAAGUUAUUAUCAAGAAUCUUCUUCAAUAGGCGGUGGUAGUAGCUCUUCUCAUCAUCACCGAAGUGCAAAUAGUGUUAGUAAUGUUGGAGGUAUAGGGCGGCCCACAACGCCGCCUUUACAUAUGCAUUCGCACCAUAUGCAUCAUCAUAGGACACCACCAAUGAGAAAUCUAAUUGCAUCUGGUGGUAAUAAUCAAUCCGUUGGUGGAGGAAAAUUGCGAGGCAGUUAUGGUAUUGCUUCUCCUCAUACGCCUCCCCCUCCUAUGGGUCACCACAGUGGAUCAGCAGGAAAAAGUUCCAAAAGUUACCUAAGUCCUAUUAAUGAUCAUUACACACGACAUUCUUUAGGAGGAGGGUCGGGUGUAACGUCGACAUCUCGUCACCAUGGAAAUCAUGGAAGCAGUAGCAGCAAUAAUAACUCACACUAUCAUCACACGCAAGUUGAAAUUGGUAAUUCAAGUAGGCGUGUUAAUCCUGAGCCGAUUUCUCCUGAUCGUAGCAGUUAUCAUCAAAAUUCGCCGCCACAUAAACGUCGAAAAAGGGAUAUGACUUACGAGAGAGUAGAACAAUCUUCAUCUAAAUAUCACUAUACUAGUAGCAAAAGGGAAAAGGAAUAUCGCAGCAGUGGUUAUGAUAAGUACAAAGAACCUAAACAUUCUCGACGUUAUUCAAGGAGUCCAAGUUCGAGCAAUUCUCAUCGAAAAAGAUCUAAAUCUAAAUCAAAGCAUAGUAAACGUCAGCAUAUCAUAAGUAGCACAUCACCAGAUCACCGUUCAAAAUCAGGCAAACGAAUUUCCCGCAGUAGGUCGCCACGUUCACGUUAUUCAAGUAAUUUAAUAUCACCAUCCCCACCACCGUCACGGUAUCGGAGGUCGAAAAGUUAUUCACCAACUACUCCACCGGCAAAUAAUAGUAGCUGCAGUGCAGAAAUGAAGAAAAAGCGAUUAGAAUAUAAUAAAAAAAUCAGUGAAACAAGCUUAUUUGCUGAGUUAGUCAAAGACAAACAUAAAAGAGAAAAAGCUCUGCAAGAAAUUCUUGAGAAACAAGAAGAAAGCAAUAGCAAUGGUCCUAGCAAUACCGAAAACAAUUCAAUUCAUGGUGAUCUGAUUGAUUUAACAGGUUCAAAAGCUACAAUACCGACCUUAGUUAAUGGUUUAAAUAUAAAUGAAUCAUCUGAAAACCCCAAAACUGAAUCAUCCGAAAUUAUUAAUGUUCAUAUUUCAAGCCAAGUGAACGAGGAUAAAUCUGAAACAAGUAACCCGCAAAUCACAUCUAAUAUCGAGAGCCUUAAAGAUGUGACUGAUUCAUCAUUUUCCACCACAAUUAAAAUAUCCACAAAUAUUGUGGAUUAUCCAAAUUGUGCUGGUACUAAUAGUUCAAACAUAAAUAUAAAUAACAAUAGCAAAGUUGUACAUUCUGUAGAAAAUAAUAAUAAUGAAACCAAAGCAAAAAUUUUGAAAGGUAGUCUUACAACUUUACCUAUGCCACCAGGUGUAAAUGUAGAAGACUUUGUUAAUGCGCCUACACCAAGUCCUCCUCAUCAAGAUGAUGAUUUUAAAGAAAAUGCAAAAGAAAUUUUGUCAAAAGUUAGUUCAAUAGCAAUUAAUAACAAUAUAUCAACGAAUCCAGCAAAAAAAGGUCUCUUAAAUUUACCAAUGCCGCCUGUGGUACCAGGCGGAGAAGAUUUAAGUGGCGACGAUUAUGAAUUCAUUGGUAGUCCAGAUGAUUUAGGCCAAUCCAGCGGAGUGAAAAGUAAUGAUUGCAAAUCAAUUGUUUGUAGCGGCAACAACAGCGCAAACAACAAGCAAAAUACAUCUGCAAUGAUUAGGAAAAAGCGACCAACAAUUUUAAACAGGCGAUCAUCAAGAGCUGCUGUACGCGAUUGGGGAGAAAGGUGUGUAGAUGUUUUUGAAGUAAUUGCCCAGAUUGGUGAAGGUACUUACGGCCAGGUGUACAAGGCUCGUGACAAUCAUACGAAUGAAAUGGUUGCUUUAAAAAAAGUGCGUUUAGAGCAUGAAAAGGAAGGCUUUCCUAUUACAGCUGUGCGUGAGAUAAAAAUUUUACGUCAACUUAAUCACAAAAAUAUUGUUAAUUUGCGGGAGAUCGUUACCGAUAAACAAGAUGCCUUAGAAUUUCGAAAGGAUAAAGGUUCCUUUUAUUUAGUUUUCGAAUAUAUGGACCAUGAUUUGAUGGGUCUAUUGGAAUCUGGUAUGGUUGACUUCACAGAAGAUAACAAUGCCAGUAUAAUGCGUCAGUUAUUAGAUGGACUAAACUAUUGUCACAGAAAAAAUUUUUUGCAUAGAGAUAUUAAAUGCUCAAAUAUAUUAAUGAACAACAAGGGUGAAGUUAAAUUAGCUGACUUUGGAUUAGCCCGCCUUUAUAACGCUGAAGACAGAGAACGGCCAUAUACUAAUAAAGUUAUCACAUUAUGGUAUAGGCCACCCGAACUUUUAUUGGGUGAAGAACGUUAUGGACCAUCAAUAGAUGUUUGGAGUUGUGGUUGCAUAUUAGGUGAAUUAUUUUUGAAAAGACCAUUGUUCCAAGCGAAUGCUGAAAUGGCACAAUUAGAAACAAUAUCCAAAGUAUGUGGUACACCUGUGCCUGCAGUUUGGCCAAAUAUUAUUAAAUUACCGUUAUUCCAUACAUUAAAACCUAAAAAACAAUACCGAAGGCGUUUGAGGGAAGAUUUUGAUUUUAUGCCAAAUUCAGCAUUAGAUUUGUUAGAUAAAAUGCUAGAUUUGGAUCCAGAUAAAAGAAUAACAGCAGAAGACGCUUUAAAAUCUCCAUGGCUUAAAAAUGUUCGACCUGAAGAAAUGCCUAUUCCAAAAUUGCCAACGUGGCAAGAUUGUCAUGAAUUAUGGAGUAAGAAAAGGCGACGUUUAUUAAGGGAACAAGAAUCAGCUAGUGCAGUCGUUGGUAGUGUCAACAAUAACUAAUUGAAAAUUAAUAAUUAAUAUUAAUUUAAACUCUAAGUUAAGAAUUAUAAUUAUUAUUAUAAAACAAACAAAAAAAAACUAAAAAAAAAGUGAUAUGGAUUCCAUAAUAAGACAAAAGAAAAAUAAUAAAUAAAGAUUUAAAAACUCUUUAUAAAAAAUUUUUCCACAAGCAAAAGGAGUAAUCAAUUUUGUUUAAGAAUUUCUUCUUUUUUUAUUUCUUUUGAUAAAUCUAGAGGUAAUAUACUUUAGCUAUAAAAUAGUUUUAUUCUCUAUAUAAAUAAAUUAUAACAGAAAUAUAUUUGAAAAAAGAAAAAAAAAUUGAAAAACAAAAAUUAUUUUUUUUUCCCUUAUAAUGCGACAUUUCAAUGUAAAAAUUAAAAAAGUAAAAGGUAUAGCUUAAAAAAUUAAAAAAAAUUAAAAUAUUCCCAUUUGACUUACAAUCUUUUAAACUACUGAAGUUUUAAUUAAAAAAUUUAGGACUUUUUAUUCAAAUAAAUUCAUAAGCUAUUAAAUCAGUUGUAGUAAUUUUAGCACUAACAAAAACUUAAAAAUCAACACACAUAUAAUAUGGAUCAAUUGCAAUUUUACCACAUGGAGAGAGACGGCCAAUCAAGUAAAAAUUUUAAAUUUGCGUAUGGUGUUCAAAAAUUUUUUACUGUUUUAUCCAUAUAAAUUUGAGGUAGUUUAUUUAAAUAAACAUUAAGAUAAUUUUAUGCGAGUUUUAUUUCUUAAUUAUUUUUUAAUAAUCCUCUUAAAUAGUGUUUGUUUUUUUUUCUUUUUUGCUGUUUUUGUUAUAAUUUAUAAAACAAUUCAAUUGUAUAAAAAUAUGAAACUAAUAAUUGAAUUAUAUUAAGAAACACAAACAAAAACUUUAAAAUAAAAAAAAAAAAAAAACAGAUUUCAUGAAUAAUUUAGUUUUGUUAUUAAAUUAUUUAAAAUUUAUAUUUACUUAUAUGAUUAUGUAUUGAAAAUAGAGCAAUAAAUUUUUAGUUAUUUAUAGAGAAUAAAUAAACUAGAAAAACAUGUAAUAAUUCUUUUCAAAAUUUUAUAAAACUAAUAAAAAAAAAUUAAGUUUUUUGUUUCAAUAACUUCUGAAAUAACUUAGUGAUAUUAUUCGAAAUUCUUUGGUAGGAAAUUUUAGAUAUUUAAAUAGAAAGACGAAAAUUGAUAAAAAAAAAUCGAAUUGUUUUAAUAAACUGACUUACAAGAGAAUUUACUUUUCAAAAUAAAAUUUAUACUAGUGCACGUAAAAGCCAUAAGUAGUCCUUUAUGAAAAUUUUAAGGAGCAUCACGUUCAUAAAAUUUAAAAAGAAAAAGAUU